CGCGCUGGCGCACCUCCACGCGCACACACUCGCAGAGAGGAGUUAAACUUGGUCAAGACGCAGGUCCACUUUUUAGGCAACUUUUCACCUUAAAGACGCUUUCAGGGACCAGCACUCAGAGGAAUAUAGUCUCUUUCAGCUUCCUUCUUGCACACAAUGGAGGAGUGAACUAUUUUUUUUUUUUUCAAAUGGGAAUUACAUGCGCGCGUGAAACUUUGGCUCUAUUUUCUCCUCAGUGAUUGUCAGACCCGUUUCGCUUCGAAACAUGCCGGAGCGAAUAAGCAUUUCGGACUUCGUGGUCCUGACAAACGAGGAUUUGUCUUCGCCGGGGACGUCAAGUUUUCAGUCCAAAAUGAGCGACUGUCGGAGCACAGUUUCAACCGUGGAGGAGUCUCUGGAGAUGGACCUCACAACUCUACAGAGGAUGAAGAAGAUCAUCAAAACUAUACACACGUCUGGACUCUCCCAUGUGGACAACAAGGAGCAGUAUAUUGAGGUGCUGGAGAACCUGGGAAAUAGCCACCUGACCCAGGACAACAACGAAGUCUCCACAGGCUUCCUCAACCUGGCUGUGUUCACCAGAGAGGUCACGGCCCUCUUCAAAAAUCUGGUGCAAAACCUCAACAACAUCAUGGCAUUUCCUCUGGAAAAUGUCCUGAAGUCAGAACUCCGGGACAGCAGACUAGAGCUCAAGAAACAGAUGGAGAAGAGUUGGAGGGAGUAUGACAUAAAAAUAGGGAAGCUUGAGAAGGAAAGGAAGGAGAAGACCAGGCAGCUGGGACUGAUCAGGACAGAGGGAUCAGACGGAGGGGAGGACAUGGAGAGAGAAAGAAGGACCUUUCAGCUGCAAAUGUGUGAGUAUCUUUUAAAGAUCCAGGAGCUCAAGGUGCGUCAGGGCCCUGAUCUUCUCCAGAGCCUCAUCAAGUAUUUCCAGGCUCAGCUCAGUUUCUUUCAGGAUGGGCUGAAAGCGGCAGAGAAUCUCACUCCCUUUAUCGAGAAGCUUGCUGCUUCUGUUCAUACGGUGCGUCUGGACCAGGACGAGGAGGUAAAACAACUCACUCAGUUGAGGGAUUCUCUCAGAUUACUUCUGCAAGUGGAGGGGAAAGAGGAGUAUCUGAACAGGAAGAACUCUGGCAACGGGUAUAGCAUCCACCAACCACAGGGCAACAAGAAGUAUGGGACAGAGAAAUCUGGCUUCCUGCUCAAGAAGAGUGAUGGGAUAAGGAAGGUGUGGCAGAAGAGGAAGUGUGGAGUGAAAUUUGGCUGCCUGACCAUUUCCCACAGUACGAUCAAUCGACCCCCAGCCAAGUUGAACCUACUGACCUGUCAGGUGCGACCGAACCCAGAGGAUAGGAGGACCUUUGACUUGGUCACUCAUAAUCGGACAUACCAUUUCCAGGCAGAAGACGAGCAGGAAUGCGUGAUCUGGGUGUCAGUUCUGCAGAACAGUAAGGAGGAGGCCCUGAACACAGCGUUGGGAGGAGAUCAGCUCCACCUCCAGGACAGCGGGCUCCAGGAACUUUCCCGAGCCAUCAUCGCUGAGCUCCGACACAUGCCUGGCAACGAGGCCUGCGCUGACUGUGGAGCUCCAGAUCCAACUUGGCUGUCGACCAAUUUGGGCAUCCUGACCUGUAUAGAGUGCUCUGGCAUCCACAGAGAGCUGGGUGUCCACUACUCCAGGAUCCAGUCCCUCACUCUGGACCUACUGAGCACCUCUGAGCUUCUGUUGGCUGUCAGUAUUGGCAACACCAGAUUCAAUGACAUCAUGGAGGCGGGUCUUCCAAAUGACUCGGUCAAACCAUUGCCACAAAGUGACAUGAAUGCCAGAAAGGAGUACAUUGUGGCGAAGUAUGCUGAGCGUCGGUAUGUUGUGCGUAGAGAAGAAGCAGAUCCUGGCCGGCUGUAUGACGCCGUGAGGAGUCGUGACCUCACUUCUCUUCUACAGCUCUACGCUGAGGGAGCAGACCUGGCCAAACCACUCACAUUGUCUGAUGGACAGGGGGUCAGAGAGACCGCUCUUCAUCUUGCUGUGCGUCUGGAGGAAAGAAGCUCUCUGGCGCUGGUGGAUUUCCUCUGCCAGAACAGCAAUUGUCUGGAGAAGAGAACAGCAGAAGGAAACACAGCUCUCCACUACAGCGUUCUGCAUCACAAGCCAGAGUCUCUCAAAUUAUUGCUCAAAGCAAAGGCAGCCUUACACACAGUAAACUCUGCAGGAGAGACAGCCCUUGAUGUUGCACGCAGACUGCAGCACACGCAAUGUGUCGAGCUCUUGGAGCUGGCCCAGAGUGGGAAGUUUAACUCACAGAUCCACGUGGAGUUCAUGUGGGAGACACAGUCUCAGGAGUUUUAUGACAGUGAGGAUGACCUGGAUGAGAGGGUAAGCCCAUUACCCAAAAACCGCUCUCCUCUGUCCUCAAAUGGAGGUGGUGGGACUUCUUUUGGCCGCUGGAGUGUGGCUAAUGGUGCCAGUGGUGGUGUUGGAAGCAGGCCUUGUCAAACUUAUGAGAAUCUAGACUUCCUAUACAGAAAUCCUCCAGCCAACAGCGCCCCCUCUGGAGCAUCAGCACCACCACCACUGCCAGCUAAAUGCAUCCAGAGAGGUCGCUCAGACCCCCAGAUUUCGGUCACGACGCAGGAAGGCAACCCCCUUCCACGACGGUGCUCUAACCCGGCCUCCCAUUCCUCUAGUCCCCAGACACAGGCCAGGCAUAACUCUCCGUCACCCAACAUAGAACACCAAGGUCAAGCGGGGAGACCACCUAGGUCUCCCCACGGACAGGGAGCUCUGCUCAGGGGACAGAAACAGACCUGGGAGGGCCAACCUGGUGCUAGUUCUGGGUCUCAAAGCAGUGUCACAUCAACAUCCUCUCAGAACCACAUAGGGCCUGUGAGUUCAGAGAAGACCACAUCGUAUCGUCGGACCAGCAGUGGAGGAGGCAGCCAGGGGAAGUGUGGUGUGCUGUCUCCAAGCUGUGUAGGCAGCCAGGAGGAGCUGUAUUGCAGCUUAGUGGGGAAUAGUCCGGGCCUCACCCCAGCUCCAGCUCCAGCACCGUCAUCCUCGCCUACCGUGACCUGCGCCCCACGACCCCGAAGGAACGCUAUGGUUUCUGGCAGCAGGCCACAUCAGAAGCGUGUCAAGGCUUUAGUGGACUGCAGAGCAGUCAGUUCUGAGCAGCUCGCCUUUUUCAAAGAUGAGAUCAUUGUGGUCACGGCCGCUAAUGACCCCCACUGGUGGGUUGGUCACAUAGAGGGGGACCCGUGCAGGAAUGGGACCUUUCCUGUCAACUAUGUACACAAACUCACAGACUGAAGGGACAUGGAAAUGUGAAAGUACUGUAUGUACAUAGUAGAGGAACUGAACCAGCAUGGGAUGCUUCAUAGAAUCUUAUCGUCACCCCACAGUGGAUUUUAUCUACAGGAGAGGACAUUGUAUUCUCCUGGAUCCAACUCAAACUAAAGUGUUUGAGCGAACUGAAAAUAUUUCCACAUGAGGAUGUAGCCAAAGGAUACCUGAGGAUAUAAAUGGCACUAUUUUGUGGAUUUAUACCCUUUAACAUUUCCUGGUAACUAACAUUGGAACUGAUGGCUUUCACAGCCCCAUAAAGCCUCUUAUGAAAAGGACUAUAUUUUCUUCCCUGUUGCUCUAUCCUUGUGUUUCCUAACUGCAUCAUGUUUCUCCAGUUGUUUAAACCAUGAACCACUAAUAAUAGGUACGAAUGCAUUUGUGGUUGGGGUAGAAACUGCUUUUAUGUCCAUUUAACCGUUAAUGACUAUGAGGCAAAACUUACCUGCAGGGCAAAACCCCUUUAAGGCACUUUAAACUCAUUGAGAAGAAAUGUUCUGAAGAGUUGGCAGGGCUGCAAAUUUGUAUCUAGCCAGCCGCUGUAUAGGGAUGUAGCUGCUUCUGUUCUGAAUGGAAACCGUCUAGUCUUUUAAAUCACAGUAUACUGAGACAUUUUGAGGUUCAAACCUGCCCAGUGUCUGUUGCAGCCUGCCCUGGGACUCUUAAAAGUGGCUUUGUGCCUGCCAGUCUGUCUCCAACAAAGCAGCAGGCGUCUGGGCAGCCCAAGGAGAGAUCUGAAACUUUAACUCAGCCAUCUUGGCUCUGGGCACAGCUCACUGGCUGCAAGGGGAGUGGAGGAUCCAGUUUCUUCUGGCUCCAGGCAUCUGUCUCUGGAGAACCUGGAAUAAUGACAGAAGAAAAAAAGAAAAAAAGACUCUCUGUUUUACCAGGAAAUGGUACUUAAAGAGAGCUUGUUAGUAACAGCACCCCACUGCAGUAAUUUGUUCAGUUAACACACUCAGAGUGGGCAUGUGUGUAUCCCACCAGAUAUACACAAGCUUUGUGGAUUGAGGAUCCUUUAGGGAAGAAAGGAGAGGUGUAACUGCUCCAUUUUUUAUACUUGUAACAAACACCCAAUGUCACAUUCCACUGCUAAUACACACACUUUGUUAGACAUACUUGUCUAAAAAUGUCCUAUGUACAGUAUAUAUCACCUGUUUUCUCAUCUGUUGUGCAUUAUAAAGGGUUGUAGUAUCACAGAUAGUGUUAUUUCAUGUUGGUAAAUGAUGUCCUCUGUUCUGUUUCAUUGGUUGUCUAAAUGGCUUUCAGAAGGAGAGAAAAAAGAAGGGAAUAGAUACAGUUGCAUAAUCAGUGUUCAGGAAGGAUCCUGUCUCACCAAACUGAAAACAAACACUGCCUUUGAUAAGUACAGGUGAGCAGGAAGCAGGUGUUCACUUCCUUUUAAUCAUUCCUGAGUUUAAACGAACUGGCGAUGAGUCUGUUUGCUCUUCGCUGUUUUCGCUGAUGUUGUCUUGUUACAGUGUUUAUGAUUAAGCAAACAAAUCACAAGGCAAGCGAGUUAUCGGAUAAUUGUGGAGCAGUGGAUGACUGUAAGUAACUGUCAAAUGUGAGCAAUAGUAAAUUAACUAAUUUUAGCCAGUAUAUUUGUAUCAUGCACAUAAAACAUUUUUAAUAAAGUGCCACAUUUUUUUAAUAGUGUAA